AUGUCGCUGAAUGGUCUCUGUCCCACUCCUUUCCUACAGGAGUCUCUAUUCCCUUCCACCGGUGGAUUCACCGACGGUCGAUACUGCGAAACCCUCCAAAAUGUCACCUGCUGUUUGCCCUGCCCGCUUGCCGACUGGCGAUAUGCCGAUAAUGUCGCCAGUUGGAUCAGUGUGGCCAUUCUCCCUCUAUGCAUCUUCCUUCUCGUAUCUUACGCCGUCCUUCCCGUCAAAUGGACCAACCGCCAUUAUCUGAGUAUCUGCUUUACCUUGGGUAUUUGCUGCAUGGAGAUCGCCUUCAUUAUUCCCCUCGGCGCCAAACCCAAGCAAUGUUACAACGCAAUCACCCCCAACGACAUGUACACCGAUCUAUCCUGCGCCUUUUCAGGCGCAUUCCUUCUCUUCGGCGGCUGGCUAGUCUAUGCUGGGAAUUCGUCCUCGGCCCAAAAUUCAUGUGGGGGGGCCUUCCUCUGCGGCUUCGGUAUCCCCGCCAUCGGACUCACAGUCAUGAUGAUAAUCACAGGCGUCUCCUUCCGCUUCGGCGAAAUCUGCCAUAUUAAUAUCAAGCACGGCGAGCAGGACUACUGGUACCCAUUAAUCGCCUUCUCCGCCGCAGCUCUCAUCUUACAGCUCGCGACAAUGGCCUACUGCAUACACAUCUACCUGCGCUCGCUCUUUGACAAAUCCGCCUCGACUACCGACAACAGUUCCGGUAUCCCGUCAUACACAUCCAGCGUCCGCACACAAACAGCCCGCCAGGCCUAUCGCCGCGUCAAACGAGUCCUGCAACUCCAAUGGCGCGGCGUCGCGCUCGUCCUAAUCAUUAUCGGAAACGUGAUCUUCUUCGCAGUCGUCUUCAUCGACCUGGACCGCGAGGUCGAACCUACACCGGCAAAUAUGAAAAAGGCCCUGCCAUGGCUAAUGUGUCUAAUGGAAACGGGCGGUAACAAGAACAAAUGCAUCAAUUACGCCUCAUCGCUGGGUCCCAACGAAGCAACCCUCCUCGCAGUCGUUUAUCUCCUCUCCCUCGUCGGAUUCUGGAACUUCAUCCUCUUCGCCCGCCCAACUAUGUUCACGGGCUGGCUCGAUCUCUGCCGCCGAGGUUUCUCCCGACGAAAUGACUUCGUUUCUGCGGAUGCAGAUCGUUACGAUUCAAAGGGCUUUGAAAUGCUUACAACUACCUCCGUCAAGGGUCCUGAUAAUUCGUAUCAGUCGUAUAAUAUGCGAUCGCCCAGCCCCGCACAUAUGAUGGGUUAUGGACCUGGUCACGGCCACGGCCAUACCCGGAGCUCCGUCACGAGUCCGGCAUUUGACCGUCACGGCGGGGAUCAGGACCAAGACCAUGACCGGAAUGUGCAUUUCGGGCAGGAGGCGCGGUAUGUGCGUCCUUCUAUGAGUUUCAGUGGACCCCGGCCGCCUAGUGAGUCUGCCGCCGGGGGUCGUGAUUGGGAUCCUUCGACUACGUUUGCGAGGGGUUAUGGACGAUAG